AUGGCCCAAAUAGUGACGAAUGGAAUUUACCGCAGUAUUGAACAUCGAGCAACAAUUAAUUCACAGAAGGAGAGGCUUUCCAUCGCCACAUUUUAUAACCCAAAGUUAGAUGGAGAAAUGGGGCCAGCACCAAGCCUUAUCAAUGAUCAAACUCCAGCAUUCUUCAAAAGGAUUGGUAUUGUGGACUACUUCAAGGGAUUAUUUUCCCGUGAGCUCGAUAGAAAAUCAUAUCUGGAUGUCAUGAGAAUUGAGAAUAAAGACGCCCAAAACAUUUGAUUGUCAUUCAACUAUGCAAAUUAGGAUUACCGUACGUCAUAGAUAGUUUGAAACUAUCCAACAACUCAAUAAAAUCUUAUCUCGACUGUUGGAGAUUAGUUAUACGAAUGAUGUUUUUCCAGUCAACUACAAAUGUUAGCUAUACAGUUUGCUACAUCUUGUGCAAUAAAUGUUUUACAACCACAAAAACAAAUGUUGUAACACCAUGUUGAGCU